GCAGUUUUCUCACGUUGUGAUCCUAACCUUCAUGACACACGAAAAACAACGAGCGGCUAGAGAAAAAUGAAACUACUCAAAGCGGUUGUCGAAGAUGUAAUUGUGCAAUCAAAUAAAAUUCAGCCAAUUAUUGUGAAUUUCCAAAAUGGUGAGCUUAAGGAUGAGGAAGCUAAGGAGAUAUCAUGUGGCUUAUAUCGAGAGCAAAAGAACAAUAAAACUGUAUUGGCCUUGUCAAAUGGACACAUUGUUUAUAAAGGUUACAGGCCAGAUUGUAAGAAAGAAUCUAUCCGGACACUGCUAGUACUCCAUAAUAAGAGGACUGGCAAAGCAAGGUUAUUUGAAAUGGAACGAUGGGAAGUAACACCAGUACUUGACAAAUCUGAGGAUGAAGACAACAACAGUGACAUAGAUAAAAUUAUGAUACUGAACAAACAAUUUGGAUCUAAAAAAGUCAAACGUAGAACAGAGCAAUAUGAGAAGCUACAAGUGAAUGUUGAGAGUGUUAAGGAAGAUCUUGAGAAAGCAGUGUCAAGUAUUGAAAUUGACAGGGUAGAUUUAUCAACUCAAUUAUCACCUGAUGACUGCUUAAAUGCAGUACUACCUGCAUGUAAUAGGAAUGUGAGUAAUGUCAAAGAUGUAUACAAUGUAUAUGAUAUUAUUCCUAAGAGUAAAUUGGAAACGUUAUAUGAGCAUGCAAUGGAGGUCCUCAAAGGAGACAUGGAAGGAAAGGGAACAUUUUUCAAAAGGAUUUUAAAAUCUAUACAAUCGGAUCCAGACAAUGUGAACAAAGUCGCUCUUUUGCUUUAUAUGGAAAUGAUCAAUGCAUGGUUUGCUAUGCCAAUGAAGAUUGCGAAGAAACGUGACGUUAAUGUGUGCUCAAUUUCUGAGGAGGUGAAUCAGCAUAUUAUCGACACAUACAGUGUGACCAGUCCAAAUGGCCGGACGAGGCCAAACUUUAUGAAGGACAAAGGCCUCAUACACAGCUUGAUUCUUGCACUGACACUAUCAAAUUUUACGCUGGAUUUGGAACUAUUCCGAGUUAUGCUUGAAACGCGAACAAGUCUAAAAAAGCUAAUGGAUCUCACGAAAAUUAUCGGAGCGGUGUCCUCUAAAGACGAUAAGAAAAUCGUUGUGCUUAAAGUUCCAUUGCCACCACCAGCAUCUUAUGUUAAAAAAGGAAAAAAAUCAAUAAAAUUCAAUCAGUGA